AUGCACUGGUGGAGGAUGAGGAUGAACUCUCCCACCCUGAGGAAUGAACCUGGAUGUGGCAAAAUCGACUGCACGCAGGCUGAGGAAAUGCUGAACUGCAAGCGGGAUGGUACCUUCCUCACCUGUGAGAACAGCCAGUGGGGUUGCUAUGUCUACUCUGUGGUGAUGGACGGAUAUAUCAAGCACUGUGUCCUCUACUGCAUGACCACUGGCUUGGGUUUUGCAGAGCCCUACAACCCAUACGGGUCUCUGAAGGAGCUGGUGCUGCAUCGCCAGCCCACCUCCCUCCUGCAACACAGCAAUGCACUUACCAUCACACUGGUACAUCUCGUGCCAGUCCUGAGCCCUGGGGCCCCAGCCCACUAA